CCGAAGUUCAACAGUUACACAGAAGUUACUUUUGGAAAUUAAGGGAAGGUGUGGAAUCUAUGAAGUGCCAUUUGACAUUUGGGUGGAAGGAAAACAAUAGAAACGAAGAUGAAGUUUAUGAAACUUGGGACAAGGCCAGACACCUUCUACACAGAAGAGGCUACCAGUUUGCACUUCUUCCAAAAUGUGGCCUCUUACAACGAUUGUGCUCAGAUUCUGGAGAUUCCAGCGAUGUUACACUAGAACUUCAUGAUAUUCCUGGAGGUGAAGAUGCUUUUGAGCUGUGUGCCAAGUUCUGCUAUGGGAUUACAAUCAAUCUCAGCGCCCAUAACUUUGUAUCUGCAAUUUGUGCUGCUAAAUUCCUACGAAUGACUGAAGCAGUUGAUAAGGGGAAUUUUAUCAUGAAACUUGAGGCUUUCUUCACAUCAUGCAUUCUUGAAGGUUGGAAGGAUUCCAUAGUCAUACUGCAGACUACCGGAAGGCUACCUGAGUGGUCUGAAAACCUUGGGAUCAUCAGAAGGUGUAUCGAUUCUAUUGUUGAGAAGAUACUCACCCCACCGGCACAGGUAUCAUGGUCCUACACUUACACCAGACGAGGGUAUGACAAAAAGCGUCACCCCUCUGUCCCAAAGGAUUGGUGGACAGAGGACGUUUCUGGCCUUAACAUAGACCUAUUCAGAUGCAUAGUUACUGCUGUUAGAUCAACAAACAUGCUGCCACCACAGCUUAUUGGUGAAGCUUUGCAUGUCUAUGCAUGUCGUUGGCUGCCUGACACUACAAAAAUCAAGCCUCCUGAAAAUUCAGCUUCUCAUAUCGAAGAAUCCACAGAGGAAAAACGCAAAGAUCUGGAGACCAUCGUGAGCAUGAUUCCCGCAGACCAAGGGUCUGUUUCAAUUGGAUUCCUGCUGAGAUUACUUAGCAUAGCAAAUUUGCUAGGGGUGUCUCCGGUGACAAAGACAGAACUUAUAAGGCGCUCUGGUCUGCAAUUUGAGGAUGCAACACUAAACGACCUGCUGAUACCUUCACAUAAUGCCCAAGAUCCACAUUUUUAUGAUAUUGACUUGGUUGGUGCAGUAUUGGAAAGUUUUUUGAUGCAGUGGAGAAGACAGUCCAAUGGAGAGCAAAGCCAAUCUGUCAGAUCGAUCAAACUGGUUGGCAAGCUUAUUGAUUCUUAUCUUCAAGUGGUCGCCAAGGAUGUAAACAUGGCAGUACAUAAAGUAGUAUCUCUUGCUGAAACUUUGCCAGAAAUUGCGAGAACUGAGCAUGAUGACCUUUACAAGGCAAUCAACGUUUAUCUCAAGGAGCAUCCUGACCUGACCAAGGCAGAAAGAAAGCACCUUUGCCACGUUCUGGACUGCCAGAAAUUGUCCCCAGCGGUUUGUGCUCAUGUGGUGAGGAAUGAACGGCUGCCAUUGAGAACAGUGGUGCAAGUUCUCUUCUUUGAACAAGAGAAAGGUGCUCACAAACUUCCCCCUCAACCUCAAGAGCAAUUUCCCACUAGAAAACAAACUAAGAUUUCCAGAAAUGAAGUGAGCAAAGUAAAAUUGGGUCCACAUGAACAAUCCAGCACAGCAGAGGGUACAAGAAGAAGUUCAAUUCAUGGCAUCAGUGGAAGAGAUCAUCAGAGAGUAGGGAAAUCGGGUGGAAAGCUGCAAGUGGAAUCCGAACAAAGAUUGGAUAGAAAAGAAAUUGCAGAAACACUUGCCGGGAAGGAAAAGGAGAUUAGAGAAGAAGGAAUUUCUGGAAGUAAGUUGGAUCCGAAGAAGCUAAUACAAAGGAGAAGUAGAUCGGAUCACAAGCAUAGCAAAAGUACAGAGAGAUAAUCCCUGCCUUUGCUGUUUAUUGUCGCUCUGACUUUGAAGCCAGAAUUAAUGAUUUGGAACCUUGCAUAUUCCCAAACCGGCACACAAAUCUUUGGCACCAGAUUGCAUGUACAAAGUUUUUAGACCAUUAAUUGCAGUUCUGUAUUCCCACUUGAGUCGGUUCGGUUGGGGUCUCAAAUAACUGUUUCUCUAUCAAAACAUUUGCAGUGCGUUCAGAAUGAG